CUGACAUCUUUAGUUCAUGGCUCUGUCUGCAUAACCGCCGGCUCUCUGAUCGUGAACAGGAAAUUCUGUCAGUUUCCUCCUGUUGAUUGUCAAGAGGUUCAGGAGCAUUUGCUGUUUUCAGAAGAGCAAUGAGCUGCAAAUACAGUCUCUUAUUUUUAUUCCUCUGUGGCUUUGCUGCGCUUUCUGACUCAGUAAAGACAUGUGGAAAAGAGCUACUAGAGGGAACGUCCUGCACCAUCAAGCUGGAAAUAGAAACAAACAAAAGCCCUGAUGAAAUCAAAUGGUUCCAUGAAACCAGUGAAACCCUCAUUCUUCGCUGGAAAGAGGGGGCUAUCAAAAAAAUUGUUGAAAGUGUAUCUAAGGAAGAUGAUGGAUCAUUAACAUUUAAAAGUGUUAGUCUGAAUGACACUGGCAAAUAUAAAUACGAAGCUUUUAAUAAGGAUGGUACAGAAAUUGUUAAGGGAGUAAAGGAAAUUAAAGUUUUUGCAAAGGCUCCUAAACCUACUGUGAAGGCCAACUGCAAAAAUGGGGAAGCUACACUCACCUGUGACAUUGGAGACCGGAAAGACCUGAAUGUGUCUUGGUAUAAAGAAAAUGAAAUCAUCAAGAAUGAAGAAAAAUCUCAACUGGUAUUGACAUCUGCUAAAGUACAGGAGAAUAAACCGUACUCAUGCAAAGUAAGCAAUCCUGUCAGCACUGAGCAAAGUGACAGCAUUACAGUAACAUGUACAGGUGGUACAAGCGAUGGCUCAGGUCGUCGUAAACUCUUUGGCUUUGAUUUCUGGAUCAUGGUGAGCAUUUUAGCAGGUGGCGGAACCCUUCUGCUGCUGCUGAUAUGUGUUCUGAUCAUCUGUGCAUGUCGAAGCUGUAAGAAGCAAAAGAAUCUCGAACAAGAUGAAGAUGAGCUCAGGCUGAGGGUUUUUCAUGAUCCAGCUUCUAACGGUACAGCCAGAUCCAAAAACACUGCUAGGGGGCAACCCGCUCCCCCCAUCCCGCAAGUAGACACAUCUCCAGAUACCCCACCUCCUCAAACCCAGCCUCAACCCAAAGCCCAGAUCCGCGCUCGACCUCCACCACCACCUGAGGACGACGAUGAAUAUCCUCCACCUUUACCUCGCCCAAGGAAUAAACAACACCGCAAGAGAAAUGAAGAGCCGUACCGACCAAUGGAAUGAGAUGCUUGUUUGUUCACUGAUCGUCAGUAACAUGGGGCCUAAAUGGAAUGAUUUACAUAAGCCAUACUGUGAUGGUAAGAGUGUCACUAAAGAAAUAGCUUGCCAAAAAUGAAAAUUUGGGCACAUACUCACCAAACUUGUGUUAUUUUCAUCAAACAUCAAAGGAAAUCUUAGGUAGAAUGUCAAAGCGGUUCUUGUGCAUACAGGAAAAGACUGUGACUUAUAUUUACAAGCUCCAUAAACAAUACACUGUAAAAAAAAAUCCG